AUGUUCUCGGAAGGUCCCGCCUGCUUUGGAAGCCCCACCAACUUCCCAUUCAACCCCAGUCAUCCCAUCCUUGAAACAAUAACCUUCUUUGUCCCAGUUUCCCCAUCUCUGACUGACAAAAGGUAUUACCUUGGUGAAGGGGAUGAGUUGGAUGGGAAACCUGGAGUCAUGGAUGCCAUCAGAAGUGAGAUGAAGAUGAUGACGUUGGGAGGAGGGAAAAGGCAGAUUGACAGCCAUCCACUGGAUCGAUCUGUUGGGACCCAGAGCAUCCAUGUCAAUGCCUUUCGAGGUAUGGCCAGCAUCCGAGACAACAAUGUUUUGAAUGAAUGGGAUGGAAUCUUGGACUACGAGAACGCCCUUCUGGAGGCUAAGCCGUUUAGCAAGAUGGCCUGUGUCCUAGCCAAGAUGGAUGAAGGUCCAACUUUGGACGAUAUUAGUAAGGCCCUGGACCACCAGGCUUCAAAGCAUUAUCCAUCCACUCGAGGCCUGACCUACGCUGUUUUACCCAGCUGGGUCAAGAACUUAGCCCAGUAUGGAGUGCCCAUCAAGGACGUGUGCCGACAGGUCCCCACUUACUUUGCCCAAGAGCAAAAAGAAGGUACUGCACUGGCUAUUGACCCCAAUUCCUGUUUCGAAGUCCAAAUUCUGUCCUUGAGACUCUCCAUCUGUGCGGAGUUUCCUGGGCUCUGA